GAGCUGCACGGCCCGAUAGAGGGCCUGGCGUGCCCCGGCUUCGUAGCUGGUGCCAGCUGCUGCAGGGCUCUUCCCGCCCAGAGGGCCCAUGCGUGGCUGCAGCACACCCUGCAGCACCACAGGGAGCAGCUGUCGUCCCUGGAGAGCGUCGUCAGCGGAGUCGCGGAGGCCUUCCACGCGGACGGAGAGUGCGCCGCCCUGCGCGAGGAGCUGCUGCAGACGCGGCUCGCCGUGGCGCGCUUCGUGGCCGCGCAGGCCUCGGAGGGGCAGGCGAUGGUGGAGCACCUCGUGACCUCGGGGCUGUGCGCCUACUGCUUUCGGCAGGACGAGGCCUCCGAGUACUCCAUGGCCUCGCAGGACGGGCCCUCCGAGCGGGCGCUGGCGAUGCUGGCCGUGGGCCUGCAGGGAGCGCAUCAGGGCCUCCUGGACAACGACUGGGACGUGCUGCGGCGGGACCCCGGCAGGAAGUGCGUGCCCGAGUACCUCGCGACGUUCCAGGAGGGGUGCUCCGUGGGCGGCCGCGUGGCCCACACUCUGCUCGGGCAUGGGCGCAGCGUCCUGGAGGCCGCGAGCGCCGACGGCGGCACGGCCGAGGCCGUGCGCGCCAGCGUGCACGCCAUCGCGCGGCUGCGGCGGUGGGGACUGGAGCGGCGGCUGCUCAGCCCGGAGUUCGCAGAGGAGGCCGCCGAGAGCUUCCACGAGGACUUCCAGGAGGCCGCAGACCGCCUGCUGACAUUCCUCAUGUCGCCGGCAGCCCGGCUGAUGCACCAGCUGCAGAUCCUUGCGCUGUCGAUGGACUACCGGCGGUCGAGCGACAGCCCGGCGGCAGGGCUGCUGUGGAACCCCUUCGCCCUGCCGGGGCCCGCGCCGGCACAGGACCCCGCGCCGCCGCCGAGGGCCGCCGCCGCCGCGGGCGGUGCCGACCCGGGCGCGGCGUUCGGGACGGUGGUGCUGAUCUCCAACCGCACCGCGGAGGACACGGUCGACAGGCUGCUGGAGCUGCUGGCGGGGCCGCGGGUCCUGUUCCUGGAGGACGUGUGCGGGGCCGCGCUCGAGGCCCUCGGCUACGGCUGCCACUCCGGCGGCGCGGCGCAGGCGCGGUGCCUGCGGCCCUCGCACGCGACGCGCAUCCUGCGGACCGUCGCGCCCCGCGACGCGGAGCAGAGGCCGCACGCUGCGUGGCGCCGGCAUGCCGCCACCCGCACCGUGGCGCACACCGCCUGGGCCCUGGCCGCGGCGGCGUGGGGGCCGGGCUGCGAGGCGUGGCUGAUGGACCUGCGGGCCGACGACGGGAGCGCCUGCGGCGGCGCGGCGCCCCUGGCCGAGGCCGCGGCCUCCGUGCCGGGCGCGCGGCUGCGGGUCGUGCGCGACGCGGCCGCUUUCCUGGGGCUGCCCACCGCCGGCGGGCGCCCCUCGGAGGGUGCCGCCCCUCCCGCCGCGGCGCGCGGCGGCGAGCCGCAGGAGAGCGCCGCCGCGGCCGGGGCGGCCUUCGCCGACGGCGUGCCGCUGGCGACGCGGCUGGCGGCCUAUGCCGACUUCCACCAGAGGGGCGUGGAGCUCAUGUCCAACGGAUCCACGGACGUGCCGGUGCUGGUCUACAGCUGCCAGCCCUUUGCGCAGUGCGGCGGGCACGGUGACCGUCUCAACGGCAUUGUCACCGCGUUCUUCCUGGCCGUGCUGACGCGGAGGGUGUUCCUGCUGGACUCCGAGAGCCCCGUGCCGCUGCAGCUGCUGCUCGAGCCCCGCGCGCUCGACUGGCGGGUGCGCGGCGGCACACCAGUGACGGCAGCGCUCAGGCAUCUGUCCUACCACGACAAGCGCCGCCAGUUCCAGGCCGACAUCGAGCGGCUGGCGGCGUACCCGGACAACAUGCUUGUCAUCUCGAUGAACUACCGCAUGAUCCGGUCGCUCUUCGAGGCCCCCGCGCUGCGCGGCGCGGCGGAGGAGCUGGCGCUGCCGGCGAGCGCGCCGCCGUUCCUGGUCGCGGAGGUGUUCGACACGCUCUUCGCGCAGUCCCCGGCACUCAUGCAGGAGAUGCGGCGCCUCAGGGCCGCGCUUGGCGGCCUCGAGGACCGGCGCUUCGUCGCGGUGCACCUGCGCACGGGGGACGUCGCCUGGGACCCCGCGAGGCACGGCGCGGAGGAGCUGGAGCACUUCCUGGGCUGCGCGCGGGCUGCGGAGGCGGAGCUGGGCCUCCCCGGCGGCCUGGAGACCCCGUGGCUGCUGGCCACGGACUCCGCAGAGGUGGCCGCGCGCGCCGCGGAGACCCCGGAGGGCAUCAGCGGCAAGCUGCGGAUCCCGCCUUCCGUGGGCCGGGUCCACAUCGAGCGCUCCGACCUGGCCGGCACGCUCGAAGGCGCAGGGCCCAACCUCGCCGAGUGGCUGCUGUUCGGCCGCGCGGCCGCGGCGGUGCUCUCGCGGAGCUACUUCGGGGAGACGGCCGCGGAAGUCGGCCGGGUGCCCGCCGCGUACUUUGCGCCCGGGGGCGCCUGCGUGCGGACCGACCUGAGCUCCUCCUGA